UCGUCAUUUCACAUCGCUACAAUAGGACGGAGAACGUCAGGACUCAAUUUCAGCAUAUUUCUCUGACAACUGUGGUGGAGAGUUGACUACUAUGAACUGAAUCUCUUCCUAAAACAAAAAAUAAGUAGAUUGUAGUGAAGUGACGCAUAAGCCAGUAGACUCCAGUGUUGUACUUUUUUGUACCUCAAUGUAGCUAGAGGGAAAUGGCUGUGGAAAGCAUGACUGUCCAUCCAAACUCCCCAACUACCAACCACGAACACAACAGUCUUCUGACUGACGAAAGGCCAGAAGAUGAGGAGUUGGAGGAGGGCGAGCUGGAAGAUGAUGCAGGAGACAUGGAGGAGGAGGAGGUGGGGGCAGGUGCAGCGGUGGGACAAGGUGGAGAAGGCUGUGAUGAUGCGGGUGGAGGAGGAGGAGGAGGAGGUGAAGCAGGAGGACAGAGGACAACGGAGAGGCCUCGGCGGAGCAAGGAGCGCCACGGCAGCAGUGACACCGACGAUGAGAGGUCCCACCGCCGCAAGAGGAAGAGGAAGAAAGAAAAGGAGCGGGAAAGAGAAAAGAGGAGGUCCAAGAAGAAACGCAAAUCAAAACAUAAAAGACACGCCUCUUCUGAUGAUGACCACUCAGACUUCAGCGACGACUCGGACUACAGUCCCAGUGAGAAGAGAAAAUACCGAGACUACGGUGAUCAGUACGGCCCCUCUUCUCAUGGGGGCUACGGCGGCUCGAAGAAAGGCGGCUACAUGAAGGUGGACAAACAGAGUUACGGAGGCUACGACGACUACGACGAAGACAACUACGAGGGAGAGGAAGAGGAGGACGUGGUGGAUGAAGAUUACGACGACUUCGCAAAGGAGCUUAACCAGUACCGCAAGGCCAAGGAGGGGGGCCGCGGUGGGCGAGGGGGCAGAGGUCGAAUGAGGAACAUGAGAGGCCACGGAGGAAUGAGGGGAGGGAGGAGAGGAAGAGGAGGGAGCAGAGGGCGAGGGGGGAGAGGAAGAAUGGGAGGAGACGACGAUGGAGACGGCUACGGAGAUGAGAUGGAGUAUGGAGACGAUGAUUAUGAAAACAUGGGGGGUGAUGACUACGACGACUACUCCAAAGAACUGAAUCAAUACAAAAAGUCCAGAGGCAGAGGAGGUAAAGGAGGCCGCGGUCGAGGACGAGGCAAAGGAGGGCGGGGGAUGCUCCGAGGAGGAAAAGGUCGCAACAGAGGGCGAGGAAGAGGCGACACGGGGAACGACGACGAGAACAACGGAGACAUGGACAACGGGGAUGGUGACGGUCCAGGACCGGGGAGGAGGCAUCAUAAUGACAAACACCAGGAUAAGAAAGGAAAGGCCAUCUGCAAGUACUACAUCGAGGGUCGAUGCACCUGGGGGGACCACUGUAACUUCAGCCACGACAUCGAGCUGCCAAAGAAGAAGGAGCUGUGUAAAUUCUACAUCACUGGCUUCUGUGCCCGAGCUGACCACUGUCCCUACAUGCAUGGUGAAUUUCCCUGUAAGUUGUUCCACACCACAGGGAACUGUGUGAACGGAGACGAGUGCAUGUUCUCCCACGAAUCCCUGAACGACGACACCCAGGAGCUGCUCAACAAGAUGCUUGCAGAAGAUGCAGAAGCAGGAGCUGAGGAUGAGAAGGAGGUGGAGGAGCUGAAGAAGCAGGGGAUCAACCCUCUUCCUAAACCUCCUCCAGGAGUUGGCCUCCUCCCUACUCCUCCUCGGCCCAUCUCCAUGGACACCAACACGGGGGAUUAUGGUGGGCCUACACCAGGUGACUUUGGGGGUCAUCCUGUACCUAACCAGGGUCCCAUUGCGAGCAAAGGUCCACCAGUCCCACCUCCUGUCUCCGGGCCUAACCCCUGCGCUGGUCCUCCUGUCCUCGGUCCGGAUGGAAGUCCCUUCCAAGGUGGGCCACCCCCAAAUCCCAGCGGCCCUCCUCCCCACAUGGUUCCCCCACCUGCAGGGGGAGGAGCGGGGAGCUGCGGGGGCAAGAAGAUCCCCUCGUUGUUUGAGAUUAAAGUCCAGCCGACCGGACAGCUGGCUCAGAAACUGGCCGUCAGAAGCCAGACCCCCAGUGGAGGCCAGGCUCAAACCGCACCUCCUGGACCACAAGGACCCCCCGGUUCUGCCCCACCCCGCUUCCCUGCCCCUCCGGGCAUGGCGUCCCCUGACCAGGCUCCUCCUAACAUGGGACCCUGUGGACCACCCAUGAUGGGAGGAUUUCCUCCUGAUGGUCCACCUCAGGGGGGAGGAAACUUCUUCAAUAACUUCUUCAAUCAGCAGGACGGCAUGGAGGGGGUGGUGACAGAAGGAGACAGCUUCCAGGAUUUCACGGACGACCGGGGAGCACCGGGGGAGUUUAAUAAUCAUUCGGGCGGCCAGGAAGCCUCGACGAAUGGAUCCUCGGCCAAUCAGGGAGGGAUCUCUGUCCCUGACUUCCUGCCUCCGGCUCAGCGGGUCCUGUUCAUGAGGAUCCAGCAGAAGCAGCAGGAGGAAGAGGAGCGAGCUCGCAGGAUGACAGAGGGAGGAGCAGACAAGAAUAAAGAUGUUGAAGGGGAUUCAGGAAACUGGUACUCCAGUGAGGAUGAGGAUGGUGGCGGCAGCGUCACGUCCAUCUUGAAGACGCUCCGUCAGCAGACUCAGGCUCCUCACAAACCUGACGUCCACCCGAGUGACCCCCGGCUGCAGAAAGCUGUCCCCGCUCGCCCAGCAGACCCCCGACUGGCUCGAGACCCUCGUCUGGCCCGUGCCACCGACUCGGCUCAACACCUGGACUCGGGUCCGCCUCCCUCCGGACCCCCUGCGGACCCGAGACUGGCCAGACUGGCUGCUUCGUCAGGAUCCAGCUCACAUUCACCUCCUGCUGCAAAGCCAGAACCUCCUCAGAUCUACAAGCCGCCUCCUCUCACAGCGCCGGCAGCGGAGGAGGAGGAGACGGAGCGGGUUCUGAGGGACAAGCCCGUGCCCAUUCCUCUGGACCCGCUCAUGGGGAUGACUCUGAGGGAUCCCCGGUCCCAGCUGCAGCAGUUCAGCCACAUCAAGAAGGACAUCAUCCUCCACACGCCAGCUUUCUCUAAAACCAUCACCUGGUCCCCAGAAGACCUCCUUCCACUCCCAGUUCCCAAACAGGACCUACUCCCGCUCCCACCAGGCAUCCCCCCUGUUUCCUCUCUGGACCCCCGUCUGUCCAGAGCUCAGCAGCAGGUCCACACUUCCCAGUCCCCGCCCCUACAGCCCCCUCCCUCAGCGGACCCUCCUGUGUCGUCCUCUUCUUCUCUCCCAGACUUUGAGCUUCUGUCUCGCAUCUUAAAAACCGUUACCUCCAGCCCGUCUCAGACUCCGUCACCCCCACACCUGCCCACUCCUGCUGCGCCUCCAUCACUGCUGGCUCAGCCUCCCCCCGCCACGACCUCAGCUGCAGAAAAACCCGUGGACCCCCGUGUAGCUCGUAAAGUCCCACCUGAUUCCCGCCUCCAGCCGCAGAAGUCCGCCUUGAAGCAGCCAUCAGAACCCGUGCCUCCCGUUCCCGCUGCACCUCCUGCAACAUCGGGGGGCUCCUCCCCUCCCACCAUCGCCCCCUACGACCCACGGCUGCUGUCCUCAGGAGGAGCUGGGCGCAGUGUGGGCGCGGGGACACCAGGGGGAGCCAGUGUGCUGAGCAGCAUCAGCCUGUACGACCCCAGGACUAACAAACCAGGAAGCCCCGGCUCCAGCAGCGGCUCCCCCACCUCGGCCGGCUCAGACCCCAAACCUGCAGACCCCUCAGCGGUCAAACCCAAGUCCAAGGAGCCCCUGUUUGUCCGGAAGUCUGCGUUGGACCAACCGGAGCCAGAGAAAAGCGGCGAGCAAGGCACCGACCGCUACAACAGCUACAACAGGCCGCGGCCGAAGCCCGCCCCCUCGCCCAAGGCCACGGCCCAGGCAGGACCCCCCGCAGGACAGAGCACUCCAGGAGCCGCUGCUGCAGAUCCAGGACCCGCAGGAGUCCACAACCUGCCUGUGUCCACGCUGUUCGGUGUCGUCAAACAGGCCGCCAAACCGGGCGGGACCAGCAGCCCCUUCGGGGGGAGCAGCCCGGCCCAGACCGACCCGGCAGCCACCGAGCAGGACAACGCCUCACUGAAGGACGUUUUCAAAGGCUUCGACCCCACAGCCUCACCGUUCUGCCAGUGACCCCACCCAGAACCAGAGUCCCAGAACCAGAGCUGGUCCAAACGGAUCUUAUUAGAUUUAUGGGCACUGAAAAACAAAAAACAAAUCAGAGAGUGCACUCCAUCAGCUGCCUGUAAACAAACUGAUGUGGUCAAAUUAUCAACACACACACACACACACACACACACACACACACAGUGGACUGAGAUUAUCCGAGAGACUCUUGUAAUGAGAAACGUUUAAAUUUAGAUUUAUAUUUUAAACAAAUGUAUUGAUGUAUAAAAAGAUAUUUUCUCUUGUCAGAGACAGAAGAACGUAAAAAAACGAGUCUUUUAGCCUCACAUUUUCUUUCAGUCUUUUUUUAUUUCCUCAGUUAAGUAUAUUUUGUAAAUUAUUUUACCUUUAAACUGUUUGGUUGUUUGUGUUUGUUGGGGUGGGGUGGGGGUUUCACAUCUAACCUAAAACUGCCUCUAUUGCUCUUUUUUUAACGACUCUAAUCCCUGCAGAAAUAAAUUACUUCAUCUUCACUUCUUCUGCAAAAACAGAAACAUGCAAAAAGUAAAUAUUCAUUAAAUCUGUUAUGUGUUUGUUUUUUUAGUAUUUAUUUUAUACUCCUUUCUUCGCACUGUUAACUUUGUUCCGUGAAGUUUAUUAUUAUUAUUUUUACUUUUCUUUCAGUUUUUUUUACCUCCCAUCCAGGACCUUUCAGUAACCACUACAUUACGCUCUGUUUUCUCACAUUUUCACAACUUUUGGCUUCGUUUAAACCCGUGUCUGAGUCUUUGUGGGUGUUUUCUAUAGAAAUGACAAAGCAGUGAAACUUUAAUUCAAACAUAUUCUGAUUAGGAUUGUAAUUUAAGAGAAAUAAUCCCACAGAUCAUCACAAUCAAGCGUUUGGUUUGUUGUCAGUCUGGGAGAUUGUUUCAGUUUUUCUCUGAGCAGGAAGCGCCUUUUUUUUUAAUUCCCAUUAGAGAAUCUGUAACUGAGGUCUAAGUGAAGCUCUCAGGAUUGUGUAUAAAUGUUGAUCAUUUUAAUUUAUUUUAUUUUAUUUUUUGUUCUAUUCCUGGGUAAUCACUCCCUUCUUGACCCGAAUCACAAUGAGUUAUUUUUCUCCCCCAACUCAGUCGACCUAAGCGGGCUGAGAAGUUUGUUUUGUGCAUCAACACUGAUUUCAACCAACAGAAUCCAAAUAAGCUCCACUUAUUAUCCACAAAAAUUAGACAUGGUCUUAUUAUUUUGCAACUUUUUAUUUUGUAAAGUCGAGCAGUAAAAAUGUUGGGAGUUUUCUAACUGUACACUAUAGGUGAGGUUGUACCUAUUUAAAUAAAGUUGACACGUUGAUCAACCAUGUAAAACUA